UCGUGUUUCGUGCUGGUACUUGCGUGGCACGUCAGUGUAUGACUGGUCCAUGGAGUGGGUGUUUCUCUGGAGUCGAACUGCGUGCAAUCGAGGUGAGUCGUUUCGAGUGGAGUGAAGAGUAGAGUUGGGUUGGACUCGAAAGUUAUGUUGGAGUUGAUUCAGUAUGACACGGUGGUGGGACUAAAUGGUCUUCCCACUUCCCGGUACCGGUAGUCGGCCUGUUCGCAGUGCCACCGAUCGCCAGCGUAGAGUCCGAGUCCACUUCAAUGCGCAGGUGGUCGUUCAGGAGCGCUUCCGCAGCGGUGGCCGGCCAGGCCGGACUGUUUGUCCGCCAUCGCUCCGCCGGAAUCCCGAUGGCGGUUCUAGCGGCGUCCACGUUAUCACAUAAUAACGUUUUGGCGCGCAGCGGAUCGACGGCAAACCGUGGCCGCGCUUUCCCGGUCCACGUGGCGUCCUCGUGUGGCUCGUCACCGCCCCAGCGAUCUCCUGCAGUCCACGUGGCACCUCCUCGAAAAUGUCCUUAUGCGAGAUGGUGGACUUGUCGUCGCUGCCUUUCAGCUCUGACCGUCCCGCCAUCGCUGCGCCAUGGCAUGGCGGGGCUCGCGCACAGCUGCGGGGAUGACGCGGGCAAAUUGAUGGCGGUGGGCGGGGAGACCCUGCGCCGCGCACACGUGCGACGCGGCCUCGGGACGUCCACUCGCCCGUCUGCGCAAGCUGGUUUUCAGAUGGCAAAGCCUGACCAGAAGCCGAUGGACGAUGAUGGGAGGGGCGGGGGUGGAGGAUCAUCAUCAGGGGGGGGAAAGCAAACCCAGGCGGGGGGGGCAAUUAAAAGAACGAGUGAAGGGAACGGUGAGCGGUACGACGUGGUGGUAGUAGGCGGCGGUCAUGCGGGUUGUGAGGCGGCGCUGGCAGCCGCGCGGAUGGGUGCGCGUACACUCUUGCUCACUCUGAACCUGGACCGCAUUGCGUGGCAGCCUUGUAAUCCUGCCGUUGGUGGUCCCGCGAAGUCGCAGCUUGUCCACGAAGUCGACGCCAUGGGUGGGGCGAUUGGGAGAAUGGCUGACAGGUGUUACCUCCAGAAAAGGGUACUGAACAAGUCCAAAGGCCCUGCUGUGUGGGCAUUGCGGGCACAGACGGACAAGAGAGAGUAUGCGGCGGAAAUGAAGAAGGUAGUGGAGACGACCCCAAAUUUGUUUGUUCGAGAGGCGAUGGCGACGGAUCUUGUCCUCGGUCCGAAUGACAAUGUGAUAGGCGUGGAUACGUUUUUUGGGACCCGGUUCUAUGCACCGGCCGUGGUUCUUACCACGGGGACAUUCAUGAAUGGCCGCAUCUGGGUGGGACGGAUGUCUAUGGCGGCAGGCCGGGCAGGGGAGUCGGCGUCAGAGGGGCUGACAGAGAAUCUGGUCAAGUUAGGCUUUCAAACGGACAGGUUGAAGACUGGCACUCCUGCUCGUGUCGAUAUCCGCACUGUGGACUUUGCCCGACUCGAGGAGCAGCCGGGCGACGAGGAGGUGAGAUGGUUCAGCUUUGACCCAGAAAGCCACCGAGUGGUGCGGGAGCAGAUGAGUUGUUAUCUGACGAGGACGACUGCAGAAACACACAAAAUCAUCAUGGACAAUCUCCAUGAGACCCCGACGUACGGAGGCUGGGCCAGUGCUAAGGGGCCUCGAUAUUGCCCAUCGAUUGAAGACAAGAUCGUACGGUUCAAGGACAAAGAGUCGCACCAAAUUUUUCUGGAGCCAGAGGGCAGAACGACCCCCGAGCUGUAUGUGCAGGGCUUUUCCACAGGGCUUCCCGAGCCUAUACAGCUGGCUCUGCUCCAUAGCCUGCCUGGACUGGAACAUUGCUCAAUGCUUAGGCCAGCGUAUGCGGUCGAGUACGAUUACCUUCCCGCGCAUCAGUGUGACCACACGCUGAUGACAAAAAAAAUCGAAGGGCUGUUCUUUUCCGGUCAGAUCAAUGGCACAACAGGCUAUGAGGAAGCUGCUGCGCAGGGGCUGGUUGCAGGAAUCAACGCUGCACGACUGGCUGCGGGUAAGGAUAUGGUUGUCCUCGAGAGAGAAAGCAGCUACAUUGGGACACUGAUCGACGAUCUUGUCACCAAGGACUUGCGGGAACCGUACCGGAUGCUGACGAGCCGAUCUGAGUAUCGCCUCCUUUUGAGAUCUGAUAAUGCGGACAGUCGUUUGACCCCUCUUGGCCGCGAGGUGGGGCUGAUUGACGAUCGACGGUGGAGAUUGUAUCUUGAUAAGCAAGAUCGGAUUGCAGAGGAGAAGACCAGAUUGGCAACCGAGAGGGUCUCUGAGGAUCACCCCUUGGCUAUUUCUGUGGCAGAGCUGUCGAAGCAGCCUGUAAAGCAAUAUGCCUCGUUAGACAGUUUCAUCCGAAGGCCGCAUGUGCAUUACGAUGUGCUAGACGCACAUCAGCUUGGGAACGAGGCGCUGUUGCCAGAGGAGAAGGAGUGUGUCGAGAUUGAUCUGAAGUAUGAGGGUUUUAUCACAAGACAACAAAAGCAAUUGGAGCAGAUGGCAGCAAAGCAUCACAGGCCCAUUUCUGCUGACAUAGAUUACCACGCAAUCACAACGCUCUCGCUGGAAUCUCGGGAAAAGCUGUCAAAGAUACGGCCAAUCAACAUUGGGCAGGCAUCUCGCAUUGGGGGAGUGAACCCUGCAGACAUUACAUCGCUGUUGGUAUACCUUGAGGUGCAGAGGCGGAAGGAGAGAGCGCUCCAGGGCGCAGAUGAGAAGAAGAUGAAGCAUGGGGAGGAGGAGGAGGGGGAGGCGGAGGAGGUGGACGAGGCGGAGAGAAGGAAGGGACAGCUUCCGCUGGCUGAUCACACAGCAGUGAUGGCUGCUAAAGCUUCGAUUUGAACUUUGAGCUUCUUCGAGAAUUACCGAGUAUAUAGAGGAAGAAACACCGAAACUUGGUGAGAGAGAGAGAGAGAGAGAGAGAGAGAGAGAGAGAGAGAGAGAGAGAGAGAGAGAGAGAGGAAGAGAAAGAGAGAGUUGAGGGAGAGCGUGUGUUGACGAGAGACAAUGAGAGAGGCUCUUUGUCUUCAUCACUCACAAUGAAAACCAUUUAUCAUA